AAAGGGAGAACACGCGCCUCUCCCCUCUUCCUCUCUUCCCCUCGCUCUCUUCAUCUCUCCCCAUUCCUUAUCGCGAUCUCUACCUCCCUCUCUCUCUCUCUCUCCCUCUCUACCCUCGCUGGCGUCUCUUACAACCUGAGUCAUCGUUAUCUUCAUCGUCGACGCCUUCUUCAUCGUCUUCAUAAGAAGAGCCUCCACACCCACGAGGGCCGCCGAUGAGCCUCGGACAGGAGAGGAUGGCUGGGUUUGGCGGCUUCCAGGACUCCGUCAAGCGAGUCAUGACGGCCAGGACGCUCGGCAAGAAGAACGAGUCGCCGUCCCCCGAACCUGAGGAUGAGGAGGCGAAGGGUGAGCGCAGACGAGGUUUCCAAAAGCUGGUGAAGAAGGUUGUUCAGACCCAGACCACGGUGAACAACGUGACGCGUCGCCCCCACAAACACGUGCUCUACCCCAGCAGGAGCAGAUCUUGCAUACGACGCGUGUCCAUAGUCGGGGCCGAGCCUAUAUCACAGGAGACAGCCACGGAGCUUCGUAUGGUGGUCUUCGGGGCAGCUGACAUCCAACCGUUUUCCCUUGGCGAGUGGCUGCAACACCCCUUCUCCUUCUACGACGCGGGCACGGCUCAGGCUUACGGUCUCAGGGUCCCAAACUGCAGCACGAAGGGCCUCCUCAUGUGCGUCCAAGCCUACGUUCUCAAGCACCUCCUCUUCAGCUCCAGGAAACUUGGUGCUGUUGCUGAUAUUCCGAAGUUGCUACGCACGACGCGGGCGGCGCAGGUGGAGGCGCUGAUUGGGGCGCUGAGUGACGUGUUGUGGACGGCGGGGGGGCGGCAGCAGGCGGUGCUCUGCCUGGCCCACGGCGACGCCAACACCUCGGAUGACCCGCAGUACAUGGACGACGGCUGCACGGAGAAGGUGGUGACCUUCAACCUUGGCAGUUACGAGGAGGUCAAGUUCACGGUCAAGAAAUACCUGUUUGAGAUGGUGACGGACGGACAUCACGGAAUUCUGCUCUUCCUCUACAGUGUCAUUCUCUCGCGGACUUUCCCUUCGCUCCGGGAGGACUUGGACGGCCUGGACCAGCCGCUAAUACAGACCAACGGCGCCAUCCACCCGUGCCUGGCAACACUGCUCCUGACGGGCCGCGCCACGCCCUACCUCCACAACGGCAUCGUGUACGAGGGCUCCGAGGACACCAUGGCGCGCGCGAAGACCGGUAUCCUGCAACGGGCCGAGGUGGGUCUGUUGGUAUGGAAGAGGCAGGAUGGGGACAAGGGCACGGCGGGGUCGCGGCUCAAGACCCCCUCGCUGCCCAUCUGGGUGACGCGAUGCAACGACUCCUACGGGAUACUCUUCAACCCUAACCGAGACCUCAUCAGGGACUACCACGCUGAGAACAGGUUCGACCUCUACUACUACUCAUCAAACUCCAGCCAGAGCGUCACCACCAUCCUGACCAUCGACACGCGAAGUCCGUCCUUUCGCGAGGAGUACCAACUGUCGCCGCUCGAGAACCUCAUACACACCAAGUGGAUGGAUGCUGAGGUCAACUGGAACGGCACAGCACCUUAUGUGUAGAACCUUGCCCCCUUUGCCCCUCCUCUUCCUUCCCUCCACCCCCCCCUCAUUAUCGUAGGAUCAGCAGUACUCCUAUCAGCAAGUCCUUCACCAGCUGCACCCAUCCUACUACGCCUCCUCUUCCUCCUUCUUCCCUAUCACCAUCUCCUCACCUCACUUUCCUUUCUUCCUUCCAUCCUCUUUCCUCCUUUGUAUUUUUUUCACCCUCCAAACGUACUUGCUUUCUUCUCUUCCUCUCCUGUAUUCCUUUCCUCCUCUUUUUCCUUCAUAUUCAUUUCGUCUUUUUCUGCCUUCGUUUCUUCACUCUUCUUUGUAUCUCUAAUUCAUCUCCUUUGCUUCUCUUUCUCCUCUUUUCUCUGUCUCCUUUCUCAGUUCUCUUCCAUUAGUUUUCGUCCUCAUCUCCUCCUCCUCCUCCUCCUCCUCAUUAUCUCCUUUCUCUUCUUCCUUUCUCAAUUAUUUUCCAACAGUUUUUCGUCCUUUAUCAUUUCUUUCUUCUCUUUUCUCUGUUUCCUUUCUCAGUUAUCUCGCAUUAGUUUAUAGUUUUUCGUCCUCAUCUUCUCCUCUCCUCAUUAUCUCCUUUCUCUCCUUCAUUUCUUAAUUAUUUUCCAACAGUUUUUCGUCCUCAUCUCCACCACCACCUCCUCCUCCUCCAACCUGCUCUUUACCUGUAGUACCUCAGAAUCCAGGUGUUCCUCGUCUCACCUCACCAGACUCAGUGCCUCCAUACCCAUCUCCAAAGCUUCAUCCAUAUAAGGUUAUUUUGGUACACCGACUCGCGCGAGGGCUGUCAUAUAGUUCCUGUCUCCCGUGUGUCAGGGCUGCGUCAUCUUCCUAUAUAACGAACGCCUGCCCUUGUCACGCACCGUAGUAGGCGUAGAAGGUGGAUAAAGGUAGUCGUUAGAUAGUCCGUCCAGGCUGAGUGUGUGUGUGUGUGUGUGUGUGUGUGUGUGUGUGUGUGUGUGUGUGUGUGUUCGGUUAUAUCAGACGCUUUCGCCUCUUACAUCAACUAUAUAUUUUAAAAGGCCGCAAAGGAAAGCAAUAGGGUUCUAAUGAGUGUUUCUUUAGGUUCACGGUACGGAAGAAUGGUCAAACUACCACCAGGGUCAUAAAACUACCCCUGGAAAUGCCCUACAAAACUACUAUGAAAGCCUUGUCAAAUGUGUCUGUGUGUGUGUGUGUGUGUGUGUGUGUGUGUGUGUGUGUGUGUGUGUGUGUGUGUGUGUGUGUGUGUGUCGGGGCUUCCCUCAGGUCGCCACACACACAAUGGCCUCCUCCUACCUGACGAACGGACGUGCAAUGCUCAACUACACACCGUUCACCCUAACUUGGCGGACAGGCCCCUCCCUCCUCCUCCUCCUCCUCAGAUAGACAGCCAAUCAACGGCCUCUCUCUCCCUCCCUAAAGAAAUAACUCCUUUUUUCAUUUUUUCCCUUACAUAAAUCACAAAUGCGUCUAAAAAAGUUGCUACAUAGACAGUAUUCUUCCUACGGGCUAAGAGGGAGGAGCUAAAGUAUCACGCUGACCAAUAGCAUGCCUCGGAAGUAUUCAGAAGCAGCAACUAUUAUCCCGUCAACCAAUGGGAGGCCUCAGAUCAGGGAGGGGGCGGGGCUUCAUCACCAAGGUAAGCUGAACGGAGUGUAGGACAAAGGCACUACGAUGUAAGAUACAACAAAUACUCCUAUACUUUGCAUACUAGUCAUUAGGCAGGGCAAAGAAACCGUAUGUACCGACGUAGACUAAGGAACAAUAACAUGGUAUUAGAUAUGGUGUGUUUUAAUCGCUCCU